AUGCUGCGGUGCAAAAGUGGAGCUGUUGCCGACGAACGAUUAGUCGUAUUUGGGCAGCUACAAAUAAACAAAGAGAAAGUGGUGAGAUUUACCAUUAGAAGGCUAGCAUGUGGGAUUAAAUGCAGUAAAAGCACUGUUGUUAGAUGGAUAAAAUCAGGACUGACCAGGCCUCAUUCAAAUGCAAUAAAACCUGAUCUUACUGAUCCAAACAAGUUGCUUAGGCUAUGGUUUUCCUUAGAAGCUCUAGAAUAUGACAAGAUUGUUAGGAGUUUGACAUUUAAAAGCAUGCACAACACAAUCUACAUUGAUGAGAAAUGGUUCUACAUUACAAAAAGUGCACAGAUGUUCUAUUUGACUCCUGAGGAGAUAGAACCUCACAGGACAUGCAAGAACAAGAAGUUCAUCACCAAGGUGAUGUUCAUGUAUGUUGUAUGUAGGCCAAUUUUUUGGGCUAAUGGUGAAUGCUUGUUUGAUGGAAAAAUUGAAAAUUUUCCAUUAACUGAAUUGGUUCCAGGCAAAAGAAACAGUAAGAACAGGGCUGCAGGUACAAUGGAGUGGAAACCAAUUCAAAGCAUCACCAAACAAGUAGUGAAAGAUUGCCUAAUCUACAAGAUUAUUCCUGCUAUUAAAGCAUUGUGGCCAGCAAAUGCAAGCAAAACCAUUUACAUACAGCAAGAUAAUGCUAGGCCUCACAUUCAAGAUUCAGACCCAAAUUUCAGGGCAGUAGCUUCAGCUGAUGGCUUUGAUAUUCAUUUAGUGCAUAAACCACCAAACUCCCCAGAUACAAACAUCAAUGAUCUGGGGUUGUUCAGGGCAAUACAAAGCCUCCAAACUGAAUCAGUGUCUACAAAUGUGGAUGGUCUAGUGAAUGUUGUCAUUAACUCAUUCAAUGAGCUAAGCCCAACCACUUUGAAUAAAGUAUUUUUAAGCUUGCAAAGCUGUAUGAUAGAAAUUCUAAAAGUUAAGGGGAGGAAUAGCUACAAAAUCCCUCAUUUAGGGAAGAAUGCUUUAAUUAAGCAGGAUAUGCUUCCAUUGAAUCUCCAAGUUCCAAGUGAACUUGUUAGGGAGUGCAUAUCCUACCUAAUUGACAAUGGAGCAUUGUCAAUUAGUGAUUCAGUAAUGAAAGAUUUGGGAGUGCAUGCAGGAUGCACAGAUGAGGUUGAGAUGAUGGUACAUCAACUUCAAAUUCAAGGAACAUAA